AUGAAUAAUAAUAGUACUCAAAUAUAUCUACCCAAUGACUUAAAGAAAAAAUUGCAUCUAAAAUCGUUUAUACUUGGUUAUAAAUUAAAUAAUAUUUAUAUUAUAUUUGAUUUCAUAAAUGAUCCAGAAUAUAAAACAAAAGAAAAAGAGCUCAAGGUAAUUGGCUCAUUGAAUCAAAAUAGUGAUUAUGAAUUACAAUUGAAUUUUGAAAAUGGGUUAGUUUGGUCAAAUCUAUCAUCUAUUGUCAUAUUUUUCGAUCCUCCAAAUUUUAAAAAUUUGGAAUAUUUUUCAAUUAAACCUAUUCUAUUACAAUCAAUGGGAAUAGAGAAAAGAACAGAAAAAGGUCAAGGUGAAAUUAUAGGAAAAUUAAGAAAAGUAAGUCCAAAUAUGAAAAGAAAAGAUUUUGAAAAUUACAUAUCUGAUGAUGUGGUAUUAAAUAAAAUAAAUCAGUUAUACAGAACAAGAUCAAAAGUGAAGAAUAUACAAAGUGAGAGAAGAAAUAUACUCAAACCUGCAAUCUAUCUAGUCAUACCGUUAAUACAAUCCGUUCAAUAUUUUCUAAUUUGCAUAAUAAACAUUAUAAACUAUAAAGUAAUAAAUGGUCAUAGCCUUGUUUCAAUCUCCAAAAUAUUCAAACAGUUAGAUCUACGGUUGAAACAAUUUAACUAUUUUCCAAUCCAAUUUUUAUGUUACUACUACAAUAAAAAUUUAUACAACUCAAUAAUUAAUGAUUUGAAACUACCUAUAUUUAAUGAAGAUCUAAACAUAAACAACUCAAACUACAUUAAUUUAUAUAACUCAUUGUGGUUGAUUCUUAAUGAUAUUUUACUUGGAGCAACGAUCUACGUUAAAAUAAUAGAAAAUUUUAACACAAUAAUUACAUUCAUUCAAGAAACUUUACUAACUAAUAUAUUAUAUCAAAAUCUAAUAUCACUUAUUGAUUGGAUAUCAGUUAAGAAUCCGGCUGGGUUUAAAUUAAAUACCGAAUUUGGUAAAUUUUUAGGUGAUUUAUAUAUUUGGACAAUUCAAUUUUGGAAAACUUCAUUAGAUCAAAUUAAACUUAAUCAAACAUAUAUUAAAAUUUUUCUUUAUAUCAUUUGUUAUUUUGGUGGUGCUUCAUUCUUCAUUAGCUUUUUAAUUGAUUUAAUUCAAUUAUUCACAUUUCAUAUUUAUUCAUUUUAUUACUGUGCUUUAAAAAUAUACAGAAAACAAUUAGAUAUAAUCAAAUCAUUAUUUCAAUUAUUCAGAGGUAAGAAAUAUAAUGUAUUAAAAAACAGAAUUGAUAAUUUAAAUUUAUAUUCUAAUUCCAAUGAUGUUUUCGAAAUUGAUCAAUUAUUAAUUGGGACUUUAUUAUUCAUGAUUAUGAUAUUAUUAUUACCUACUACAUUUGCUAUAUAUUUAAUGUUUUCAAUAAUUCAUAUAAUAUCACUAAUGUCAUUAAAUUUUUUAGAAAAUUUGCAAAUCAUAAUUAAUUUCACACCAUUGUUUGUAAUAUUAUUAAAACUUAAAAAUUCAAAAAGAUUACAAGGUGGGUUGAAAUUUGAAAUACUUGGAUUUCUUAAAAAUACAAGUAUUGUUAAGUUGAGUAAUAAAGCUUUGACAUAUGAUGAAAUAUUUAAAAAUAAUCUAAAAUUAUUUAAAAGGGCUAAAAAUUUUAAAGAAUCAAUUGUUAAAAAUUUAUUAAGUGGUGAAAUUGUUGUUAUUAAGUAUGAUGAUGAUUUGAGGUUUAGAUAUUUGAUGUUGCCGGAAAAUUAUCAAGAAUGUUGUACUAUAUGGAAAUAUAUAAAAUGA